AUUUGCGUUAGAUACAGAUCAGGACCGACCAAGAUAGUUGUGAUAUUUUGACAUUUUUGAGGAAAAGAGGUCACCAGGCAAGACGCCGGUUCCGGGAAUUUUAAUUUAAAUUGGGUAGAAGAAGACUUCCGCCAUGAGGACAUGGCUAAAGACCCUGAUACCUGUUAUAUUCUGUAUUAUAAUGUUAUCCCUUUUGACGAUGGAGAAAGUCACCUUUGUUUGGCUUCUCCGAAUUUUACGUCAUCAAGACGUUUCUUUUGAAGCAGGGUAUAUGGCUGUAGGGAUUUUCAUUCUGUUCCCGUAUCUCUGGUCAUUGUUUCAAAUGUUAUGGAAUAUCUCUUUCCUUACAAGAGUCGAUGAAAUCCAGCUCCCUCCAUUACGGAAUCUUUUAUUGGGAAUUGUUGCUGCCUUUAUUGAAAGUGCUUCGGUCGUAGGUUUUACCACGUCUGUGGCAACAUCACUACCUGUCUAUAUACUGCUUCCGGUUGUGGGUAGUGUCCUUUCUGUGUCUCUUUUAUCUGACUUCAUCGGAUGCCGAACCAAGACUGUAAGUGCCUUUGAUGAGAUGCCCUGUGGGAAAUUUCACACUAUAGGAGGUGUUAUUGCCACUGUUGGUCCCACCGUUGCUGCACUUGUUUUAUACCUUUACUCUCACAUUAACUGGUUACAGGCAUUAAUCAUGGGCCUUUCCUUGGUUGGCUUAGCAACAGUUUGGUCACCAUGGAUUCAAAUACGAAUUCUGAUGACAACGGAUACAUUAUCUGGCAGUCAGAAACGAGUUCACAUCUUGUAUGGAACUCUCAAGGUCAUCGGAAUACUAUUAUUUUUAACUUUAGAAAUUUACGCCAAACGCGGUUCUAACGAAACGAUGGAAGAUAUCUUGAACAAUUUCAGUGCCAAUUGGACCGAUGUUUUCACUUGGAAAGUAAUGAUUCCACUGUCUUGUAAUAUGUUGGCAGGAAUAGUGGCACACGGGUUUGCAUAUCUUGGAAUAGCAUAUUGUAUACCAGUGUUAGGAGUUGUCGUGCCCAUGCUUCUAUCAACUCCAACAAGUAUAGCUCUAUGCGUUACUGUUCUGUCACCUAUCCUUUACCACGUGGAUGAGCUCAGGGAUUUUGGUGACCUGACUCCACUUCUCAUUGCAACUUUCGUCUCAGCCUUAUCUUGGACCAUACCUUACUUCCUAAAAACAUCGGAGUUAAUAAGAAAACCAAAAUUCCUAUACGUACCUUACGAAACAUUGUUUUUAUCUUACGGAUGGAAUAGUAUUUUCUUUGACCAAAAGAUACUCCUGUCCUACAAACAUGACGGGUUUAACAGAGUCGCUGAAGAAACUACCGAAAAUGCUACCCGAAAGAGCAGGAUUUAUGUGUGCACCACGAUGUAUCGAGAAGCUGAUUACGAAAUGGAACGUCUUCUUUACAGUCUGCAAGGUUUAUCCCAAUCACAGAAAAUCAAAGAUGAGAACUGCCUACUUGAGGCAAACAUUUUUAUGGAUAAUGGUUGUAGCGGUCGUGAUGUGAAAGAGUUUGCCCAACAGCUGGUCAGCCUGCUGGUAACCAAGUUUAGUAUGAACCUUGAAGAGUCGCAAUGUUUUGAGACACCUUAUGGGAUGCAGCUUCGGUGUAUUCUAGAUGGAGGCAUGCCCCUGUUCAUGCAUCUUAAAGAUCCAGUAAAAGUUAAACCUAAAAAACGUUGGAGUCAGUGCAUGUACAUCAACUACGUUUUAAAAUAUAAAAGCGUAAUGGCCAAUGGCGGGAGGUACAGCAGCAGCACCACGCCGAGGAUAGAAGCUGACAAAGUUAAAUCUGGGAAAUAUACGGUAAAGAAUAUAGAUGAUAAAAUAGAAACUAUUGAUUACUCGCCAUAUCCCGAAUACAACCGAGGCUUUGUUGAUGACGAUCAAGGAUUCGUAUCACGGGACACAACUCCUGCACUAAGUCAUUGCAGCUCGGCUGUUAUUUUAGAAACCGAUUCUGUAAAAGAAACGGACAGUUCGACGUCUUCUAUUGAGGCCGAGGCUGCUGCAGUUGAUCAUUAUCCCGGUGUCGUCAACAUCGGUUAUCUUUAUGAUGAAGCCGAUGAAAGUCCAGUCCAAGCUGAAGCAAAGUCUGAAAGAUACGCUUUCCAAAAACAGUUGAAAAAAUAUGGCGAAUGCGACCCUUGGUCAUCGUCAGCGGCUAAACGAUAUGACGUUUCAAUUGAAAUGGAUACUGAAGUCGACGAUGAUCAUACUUAUAUCCUAGCAACCGAUGCUGAUAUGGACUUCGAAGAUGAUGCAGUCUUAGAAUUGUUACACAUGUGCAAUAGUGAUCACCGUCUUGGUGGCGCUUGUGGGCGAACUCAUCCAGUCGGCAAGAAUUGCAGUUCCAUUGUGUGGCAUCAAAUAUUUGAAUACGCUAAAGAUUUUUGGAUGAUAAAGAAUGCCCAGAAUGUUAUCGGUUCUGUGAUGUGUGCUCCGGGAUGUUUUAGUUUGUAUAGAUCCAGUGCCAUCAAACAGGUUAUGGACGAGUAUGCCAGUCCAACACUCACUCCGUUUACAGUUUACGUUAAGGAUACUGGUGAGGAUAGAUGGAUGGCAACCUUAAUGAUGAUCCACGGAUGGCGACUGCGUUUCUCAGCUUUCGCUGACAACACGACAUACUGCCCGGACACUUUUGAGGAAUUUUUCAAACAAAGACGUAGAUGGAUUCUUUCGGAUAUCGCAAACGCCCUUUUAGUUGUCCAAAACAUGAUCUCCUUGAUUCGGAACAACGAUUGUUUCACUUUUGUUUAUGUUUCCUACUUACUAAAUAUGUUUAUCAACAACGUCAUCACUCCUGGUACGGCUAUAGUCAUGAUUACUGCUGGUCUGGAAUUAGUAUUUGAUGUGCCUUACAUCACUACUACCGCUCCAAUGGCCGCCAUUGUUUUUAUUUACGCAAUAAUCUGCACCCGGACUAGCACGAGUACACAGACCAAGCUGACGUCAGUACUUACUGUGUUGAUGGGGAGUGUUUUUGUUUCUGUAGCUGUGUGGGGAUCAUACAAGAUCGUAGCUUCUAUGGUAUCAGAGGUUCUUGUUGGUCACUUCCGGUUUCAGCAACAUUACGUCAUAUUGAUGCUAACAGCCAGUUUGGUUUAUGCUGCUCUCGUACAUCCACGUGAGAGUUACCAGAUAGUCUAUGGGUUUGCCUAUUUGUUUAUAUUUCCCGCUAUGCACGUGCUUCUUCCAAUCUACAGUAUUGCCAACAUUAUUGACCAAAGCUGGGGAACAAGAGAUUCGACGAAGGCAAAGAUACCAAAAUUGUCAUGUUUUGGAGGUUUGAAAAAAAGACGAAAAAAUAAGAAAGGAAAAGAAGAAAAUAAAGAAUCGUAUGAUGGUAUAACCGAGGGAGUUAAAGCUAACACACGAGAUAUCACUGAAGGUAAUGAAGACGACCAAACAGAAAAUAUCUUUUGGGACGAUUUACGACGACGACUGCUCGGAAACGACACGAAUAUUGGAUUAGAGAAGGCGGAAUUGGCCGACCGCUUACGAUCUUUACGUAACAGAAGCUUAACUGGCUUGUUGGUUGUGAACGCUCUGUGGUUAGCCCUUCUGUCUUUCUUCUAUAUGGGUGUUGAUACGCCGUUGUCUCGAUUAAAUGUUUAUGGUGUUAUCAGUGGGGCCCUAUAUGGGUUCACGCUUAUAAUUCAAGUGUUUGGAUUAACUGUAUGUAGGAUAAAUUAUAUUUUACAAUGGUUUGCUAGAUAUCUUUUCGGUGAUGAGAGGAAAAUGUGGGUUUGUGGAAGAAACAAAAAAGAUUAAGAAAAAUCAAAUGAAUUGAUGGUGACGGAUCUGGAAAUACCAAAUUUAAUAAAAUGGAGAAAAUCCUUUUUUAAAAACAAAACAUUAUAAAUCCGUUUGACUUAUGUAUAAGGUCAACCAACUGAUUCAAACAAUUACAUAUGUUUUAUGAGUUGACUUUUCGUAAUAAAAACGUUAUCCUCAUAAGUAAGAUAAAUACGAAACUGUCGAUAGAAUAUAUCUCCAGAAAUGAAAAAUGUACGAAACUGUGUUGUAAUAUUUAGGCGAUUAAUGUAAUCGGGCGUGAUUUUUAUCCUUGAAAAUAAAUUUCAAAAGGGAAAUGACAACAGUUAGAUCUUAUAGAUUUAUCAUAAUUCUUUAAAAUAAGACUACUUCCUUUCCCAUAAUAAUUCAAAGAUGAUGAUAAUUUCGGUUAUUAUCUGUGGACAUUUUUUUUUAUCUGCUUAAAGUACGGAAGUUCUGAUUAAAAAGAAAAUAUGGUUUCAAGACCUUGACUUUUUGUAUAAAAAUCUGUGUAAAAGUAUUUCUUCCUGGUUUCAUUUUUAUACAAAUCCAUAAUCCAUGAAAUCUUUAUGUUUUAUAUAACUACUUAUGUUCUGUGGUCUAUAUUAUUCUGUUCGUUGCAAUCUUCUUUGGGUUUUGUUUAAAUAAAUUGUAAAGAAGGCAUUUGUAUAGUAUAAUUCACAUACUCAAGAAAAAGGAAAUUGUUUAGAGUUUGGUUGGUUGGUUGGUGGGAGCGGGGGGGGGGGGGUAGUAUUUAGUUUUUUGUUUAUCUUAACUGAAUAAAGAUAAACAAAAGCUAAUGGACAUUUCAUCAAUAAAUUUACAUUCAAGUUGAUUUUAUUUAUUUUACUUCUAUAUACGAAAAAUUCAGAAUGUGUUAGUUAAUAGAUGCAUUAUGCAAGAGCUAAAUCUGUCUAUUGCAGGUCUUUAUUUGGCCUUAAAUGCUAUACAAAAUUAUUAAUUUGACAUUUAUUAACUAGCCAAAACCAUGAUCAACUUUCGAUGCCAUCUGAUGCUUUAGAUUUUCAUCGGAUUUAAACAAGAUUGGCGGUUAAUGACAAUUGAAGUAAUUUGACUGAAAUUUUCAAUAUAUAUUCCCUUUUCGUUAUCUAGUUUUUAACUAUUAUCUACAUCUAACUUUUACACAAUUCAUCGUUAAGGUUUAGUAUGAUGAGUAUUUCACAUGUGAUUUAAAUGGAAUUUAUCUCCUAUUUUAUUUGUUUCUGGGAGUUUGAACUACAUAAUAGGAUUUUUUUUGUUUCUCCUGUCCUCUUCUUUCUUCUACGACCCCCACCAUAACAUCUUCCAAUUAUAAAAUUCUCAAUUUCAAAUUUAAAAAAAUUGUCUUUUCCCUCCUUUAACGUUUGUUUACGACUUUAUAUGUUGUGUUUCUGUUUUUUUUUCUUUCUCCCCGCUCUCCCUCCUUCAUUUUUUUCUGUUUUGUUCCGCAGCUCUCCCUACCCCUAUCAUAUUGUCUUUGUCUCCUCUCUCGUCUAUCAUUCUGGUCUAUCUUACCCUCAUAUUGCACUACCAAUUAAUUGAUUUAGAAGCUCUUUCGAUCUUGUUCUUAAUAAGAAACAGGACCAAAUCUCAAUUAGUUAUACUUUGUGUGUAUUCUCUUUCUCAUAAGGGCCAAUAUUGAUACCAUUAUAAGCCCUAAAGAAAUCUCCAUUUAAUAUUAUAUCAUCGAUAUCUUUAAUUCUCAGUUAUCUAUCCUUUCUAUCGCUUUUUUCUUUCUCAAUAUUUUCAUAUUAUGUAUCUUUCCUCCCCGAGAUUUGCACUUUUCUUUCACCCUCUUUAUUCCUGUGUCCCUUUCUUCACUUUAUUUAUUUAUUGCACCAUUCCUAUCCUCUUUUUCUAGUUUUUAUUUCUUUAUAUUUCUUUAUAUAACUACCUGGGGUUUUUUCUUUCCACCUUCCAUUUAAUUUUUCUGCUAUCUUUCCAUUUCCCCAUUGUCUGUUCUACUGGCUAACAAACGAUACAUAAUCAUUACAACUUUAGAAAACUUCCACUCUUAAGUAAACAUUGUCUUAGUGGUGCCAACAAUGCUUAAUCUGUCAGUAUGGCUUUCGCAAACUGCAAAAUGGCGAUGCUUUAAUAAAUAGGUUUAAUUUGUUUAUUUACAAAUAAUAAAAGAAUGCGUUAAUCUGUUAUAUUUGUUUAUAUUUGGAUGCCAAAAUUAAAAGUAUCUACAAUUUUUUUAAUUGUUGAUGUCGUCUUUAUCUAUCGUGGAUCAUCUCCUUUCUUUUGCUUUCUAUUUUCCUUCUAUUCUUCUGUUCUUUUCUUCUUUUUCUUUGCUUUGCUUCUUCUCAUAUAUUUUUAUUUUCUACUUUAUUACAUACAUUUCUUUCUACCACUGCUUUUUUUCUUCCCUCCUUUAUAUUUCUCUUUGUUUUUCCCUUUCUUUUUCUUUCCUUUUCUUUCUAUUCUGAUCUAUUCUGUCUCUCUGUCUAGUGUAUAUUUGAAUAAUUUAUGUAUUGAAAACCAUAUUUCAAUAUCAUGUAUAUUUUAAUUAGCGUUAAAUCAUUGCAGUCUCGUUAUUUUAAUUAGCGUUAAAUCAAUGCAGUCUCGAUAUUUCAAUUAGUGUUAAAUCAUUGCAGUCUCGUUAUUUUAAUUAGCGUUAAAUCAUUGCAUUCUCGUUAUUUCAAUUAGUGUUAAAUCAAUGCAUUCUCGUUAUUUUAAUUAGUGUUAAAUCAAUGCAUUCUCGUUAUUUCAAUUAGCGUUUAAUCAUUGCAGUCCCUUUAUUUCAAUUAACGUUAGAUCGAAAUAACCAUAAACAUAUCUACCCCACUAAACGGCCUACUAAACGUGAUUGCCCAAAACAUAUUUUAUUUAAUGCUAGGUUCCACCUGUCGUGCGAUGCCUUAUGAUAGGAUUGUCUCUAUUGUGUCCACGACCUGGUACGUGCAGAUACAUUCGGAUACGUUUCGAUACAAUCAACAAGUUUGCUACGACUGUCUACAAAAUAUGGUAAGACCCAAUAGGAUCACCAGGAUUACUCCACGAAUCAAAUCAUGAUUUCAAUCGUAGUGCGAAUCGUGAUAGUGGGAUCCUAGCAUAACAAACAAGUUAAUUUCAGUUUCCAUGUUGGCAUACUGACCAAAGAGGGAAUUCCUUAAAUGAGUUUCUCGACUGCUUAGUAUUUAAAGUUGAAUCUUUCUUCCAUUAUAGUCCUGAAAUGUCACAUUUUGGUAUUUAAUUCGUAUACUUAAAAUCGCUUUUAUUAACGCUUAAACUGUUAAACUGGAACUGCCCCUUUUCACGUUCACUUCUGAUUACACAAAAAAAAUAAUAGUUUUUUGUCGAUAUUAUUUUCAAUAACAAAAAAUUAUAGACAAACAGGUAUCGUUAUUUUUUACAUUAUAUUUUUUAAUGCUGAGAGUACAAACAUGACAAUAUUUAACCAAUUAUUAUAUACAUACUUACAUACACAAAUUACCGUGAUAAUUAAUAAAUUUGAGUAUUGUGGCCUGGGUUAUUUUUAUUGUAUAUUGUAUAGUCUAUAAAAGGUGUAUGCGUGUCAAAUAAGGUACAAACUCCCCAUUUAAACAUACUGUGUGUUUAUAAUAUACCGUUUCGCUUAGUCUUGUAUUCGCGAUAUUGUGGUUAGAUCUAAAGAUUUCUUAUAACUACGUUAGUAUGAUAACACUAUUUUCACAUUUUUGCCCCAGCAUAUGUUUUUAUUAUGUCAAAUAUUGUGAACAUUCUAGAUAUUUAUAAGAUGAAUAAUAUACUGUAUAUAUUCCA